AUGUCGGCCUCUUCAGCUGCAACUCCAGCAGCCAACUCUUCGGCAAGUAUGGCUGACAAGCUGGCUCAACAAUCAUCUGCUUCAGAAGCGAUGAAAUCAAUAUCAUCUUCGAUAGCAUCAGCAUCAGCAGCUCUAAGUUCGGAAAGUAAAAUCGCUGCUGGAAAUUUAGCAUUACCAAGUUUCAUGAAAGAUCUCGGAAUAGCACUCGCUGUUGGAAGUGGUGUUCUGAUCGGUGCCUCUUUCGUUUUCAAAAAGAAAGGUCUAAUAGCCUCACAAAAGAAAUACAACACACAAGCAGGAGAAUCGAUGCAAUACCUCAAAAGUCCAAUGUGGUGGACCGGAAUGAUAAUGAUGAUAUUGGGUGAAAUAUUAAAUUUGAUCGCCUAUGCAGUAACUUCAGCAGUCCUGGUCACGCCUUUGGGCGCUCUUUCCGUGGUCAUCUCGGCAAUUCUCUCUUCGAUCUUCCUAAAGGAAAAGUUGACAUUGUUUGGCAAGAUUGGUUGUUUUCUCUGCAUUGUAGGAUCAACAGUCAUCGCUCUCAACGGUCCUGAACAACAUGCAGCAGGAGAGAUUCAACAAUUUCAAAAGAUGUUUGUAAGCGUCGGAUUUCUCGUCUGGGGCGGUAUCUGUAUCGCCGCAUCUUUGGGUCUCAUCUUCUUUGUCGCACCACGAUACGGUAAAAAGUAUAUGCUAGUAUACAUUUCCGUUUGUUCGCUCAUUGGAGGUCUUUCGGUCAGUACGAUCUCGGGUGUGGGAAGCGCAAUCGUUCUGAGUAUUCAAGGUGUCAAUCAAUUCAAGCAUUGGUUCUUGUAUUUCUUGAUUGGAUUUGUGAUCAUCACACUUUUGACGGAAAUCGUUUAUCUGAACAAAGCAUUGGAAUUGUUCAACACGGCUAUGGUUACACCAACAUAUUACGUUCUUUUCACCUUUGCUACCCUUGUCACCUCGAUCAUCUUAUUCCAAGGUCUAGACGCCAGUGCAGUUCAGAUCGUUACAAUCGUUUUAGGCUUCUUGACAAUUUGUGCUGGAAUCACACUAUUACAGUUGAGCAAGAUUGAUCCCGAGGAAUUGGUCGACAAAGAAAGCUAUGGUCUAGACCGAAGCUCUACCUUCUUGAUCAGAGCCAGUAGAUCUCACAUUGCUCAUGAGAAGGGACAUGCCAGCGGUGUAGAAGAUCCGGGUAUCGAUACUGUUCGUGGUGGAUUGGGCGUGAUUGGAUCGAUCAUGCGUGCACGUAGUUCAAGGCGGAUACAUGCAUCAGCUGAUGAGUAUCAAGAAAUGUCAGACGAACACGGAAGUAGAAUGCAGAAUAGCAUGCAUGGUCUCAAUACGAUGAACAAACGCGAUCUUGAACGAUACGAAUUACACGAUCGACCGAUGCCCAACAGUCCAUCAAUGCAGCAUAAUCAAACUUUGCCUGCUAUUCAUUUGCAAAUGCCUGCAAAACGCGAUACGGCAAUCAGCUUUGCAUCUGGAAGUGAAGACCCACAUGGACAUCAC